AUGAACGUUGAGCAGAUCGCACCGCCGCCGCCGCAUCACACAACAUCCGCAGCUCCCGUCGCGUCCGCGAAGGAGUUGCAUUCCAACCACCGACGAAUCCAACUCCCGACCACGGCUGGUGCCGACAAGGGAGACAUGGCCGCCACCGGAUUCUUACCGCCGCCACACGCCUUUCCCCCAACCGCCGCCGCCGCCGCCUCGACGGCCUCGCCGGCCCAUUCGACCUAUCAUCCCCUCCACAUGUCGACGGCGCACAUGUUUGAGCGCGAGCCCGCCAGGCCCUUCGCCGCGCCCUUCUCGAGCUCACCGUCGCCCAUGGUCCGCGUCCUCAUCCGCCGCUUGCCCCUGAACACCUCGGAGGAGUCCCUGCGUCUCAUGGCCGUCUGGUCCAAGGACCUUGCCGACGUCGAGCUGCUGCCGGUCGAGAAGUCCGAGGACGAGGGGUUCCGGUCCGCCCUCCUCAAGUUCCGGAACAUGGCCGGUGCUGUUGAGGCCAAGAACAUGCUCGACGGCCGCUCCAACAUCUCCAACGACGCCGAGAUGGCCGUGGAGAUCCUCGCCACCAGCCCCGCCCUGUCUCGGCGUCAUGGCAAGGAGCCACCGUCGUCGAGCGCGACCUCCUCGGCGGCCUCCUCCACGCCCGCCUCGCGCCAGCACUCGCGCUUCAAUGCCAUCUUCCCCCCCGUCGACGCCCUUUCGCCCACCUCCAACGGCGCCUUCCUCGCCCAGCACGAGUUCACCAACGCCGUCGAGCCGCCGCCGGCCGUCAACUACCACAGCAUCUUCUCGCCGCAAUCCCCCAUAGGCAAUCACCUCUCCGACCAGCGGCACCGCAUAUCGGGCAAGACGCUCAUCAACAACAACGACUACGGCGACGACGACGAGACGACCGAUCUGCUCAAGGAUCCUGUCGCCUACGCCGAAAACGGGCUGGCCUCGCAGCGGCGCGCCACGGCACCGCAGCUGCCCAUCAGUCGCAUGGCCGGCCUGUCGCUCGCCGCCGCCGCCGCCGGCAACCCCCCGGGGCCCUCGUCCCUGCCGCAAUACAUGAGCCCCAUCUCGCCCCUGGGCGGGGGCGGGAGCUACGCCGCCGCCGGCCACGGCUUCCAGCAGCGAUCCAACUUCCCUCCCGUGAACCCGGCCGACCAGAACCCGCCGUGCAACACGCUCUACGUCGGGAACCUGCCCAUCGACACCUCCGAGGAGGAGCUCAAGGCCAUGUUCUCGAAGCAGCGGGGCUACAAGAGGCUGUGCUUCCGGACGAAGCAAAACGGCCCCAUGUGCUUCGUCGAAUUCGAGGACAUAUCCUUCGCCACCAAGGCCCUCCACGAGCUCUACGGUCAGCCGUUGCACAACAGCGUCAAGGGCGGCAUCCGCUUGAGCUUCUCCAAGAACCCGUUGGGCGUUCGUUCCGGUCACGGACCCGGCUCGGCCCCGUCUGGCAUCGCCGGCGGCAUCAACGGUUUGGCCGGAGGCGUCAACGGCUUCUCCACGGUCCACGGGCCCCCUCCCGGCCUUGCCGCCCCUCCCGGCUUGCCGGGGGGGCGCAACUACAGCUUGUCGGCGACGAUGAACACCGGCGGAGGCCACCAGAGCGGUGCCGGUCUUCUCGGUGCGCCAAACCAGCCGUGGAACACGCCCAGCUACGCGGGGCCGAGCGGGACGCUUCAGGCGAACUCAUCAUACCUUCCUCGGCACACGAUGGGUUAG